UAUAAUGCAAUUAUUUUCAACUAUAUGCCAUCAUAUAAUGUGAAUACACACCAAAAAUCAAACUCAAGACAAGGUAAGAAGGAGAAGAAGACGAUAUGGGAUCAUGCUUAUCGUCGCCGUCAUCAUCAUCAACAUUGCCACGCACAAGGACGGUAGAUUACAAGGUAAACUAUAUCGCCAGGCCAACGCGUACCAAGCAGCAAGUACGAGCUAAACCAUCUACCAAGCUAUGUCUGAUCUGUAUGGACGAAAAGUCUCCCUCCGACAUCUUCCGAGGAACCACUAGUUGCACUCACUCGUACUGCACCGAGUGCACGGUCCGUUACGUGACGACCAAGGUGGAAGAAAACGCAGCAAGGGCAAGGAUCAAGUGUCCUGACAUGAAUUGCACGCAACUGAUAGAGCCCUACACGUGUAGAGAUUUGAUCCCAAAGGACUUGUUCGUGCGAUGGGACAAAGCCUUGUGCGAGUUGUUGAUCAUGUCUUCAGAGAAAGUGUACUGUCCGUUCGAAAAAUGCUCGGCUGUGAUGGUGGUGGACGAUGAUGAUGGUGAAAAAGUGACGCAGACGGAGUGUCCGUCUUGUCACAGACUGUUUUGCGCUCAAUGUGAGGUGCCAUGGCACGCAGGGAGUGGGUGCAAGGAGACGAAGAAGAAGAAGACGAGGAAUAGCGACAAAGAAGAUGCUUUGUUGAUUGAUUUGGCUAAGAAGAAGAAGUGGAGGGUCAGGUGCCCUAAAUGCAAAUUCUACGUUGAGAAAGCCUCUGGUUGUUUGCAUAUAAGAUGCAGGUGUGGUUUCCAGUUUUGCUAUCGUUGUGGAUCACCGUCUAUUAAUCUUCAUCACUCAUGUGGAGUUGGUAGUACCUCAUCAACCCCGUGGUAGCGAGACUAUUCAUUUAAAUAUGUUUUAGAACAUUUUAAUACGCUGUCGCUGUUAUAAAGUUACAUUAUCUAUUACAGCGCUCUUUUUUCCUACAUAUAUUUAUUUGCGCUUGUUCUUCAAAGUACGGAAAGUUUUACUGAAGUAACUUGCGUAAUUGCAACUUACUUGUGAUCUUGCUGUGACACCUAUCUUAAACUUCAAAAACUGCUAAAACCUAGAGAGAAAAUCCGAUCGAGAAUUUAUUAAGCGUGUGAAAAAUAAUUGAAAAAAUAUUUGUAUCUAUCUAUAUUUUGAAAAAUAAAAUCUUUCCGUAAGAAGAUUUAAUUUUCUAAAUAAGAGCAUACGCAGUAGAGCAUUUCUCCACAAGUUUCUUAAGAAUAAAAUGAGAGAUUUUUGACUCACAUACCAUUUUCUCAUCAUCACGUACCAAGUUUCUCAAAAGAGUUUUUUAGCAUUGCGCAAGCUCUCAUAUAUUAGUGACCUGCAAGGUGAUGUGUGAUAUGGAAAGCUAUACUAUUACAUGUGCCAUGUGUGGUAAAGAAACGUUUAGUUUAAUUCAGUUUGUUCCAGAGCUAUACUAUUACAUGUGUGAUGUGGUACUCUUAGAUCCUAAGGGUCAAGUGUCUAAAUAAAUAUAUAUUCCCUCUGUUUCAAAUUGUAUUAUGUUUUUGGUUAAAGACACGAGAAUUAAGACAUCCAUUUUCUCAUAAAGUAGUUAUUGCCCCCCACCUCUCUUAUCAUUGCAUUGAUUUGCUUCCAUUACACCAGUUCAUUGUUCCACCGCCUCAAUAAAUAGUUUUUAAGUAUUGUUAGUAACUCUGACCAAAAAAAAAAGUAUUGCAAGUAGCGAAAAUAUUCAGUAUUCCAUAAACAUUAGUAUUACAAAUCUGUGUUGAGUGAGAAUGAAACCUUGUUUUUUCUUCUUGGUCAACAAACCUAAUACCCUAUAGAUAGUUAAAUAGAGAUGAGAGGGGGGGCGGGCUUAGAGUCAAAAUGUUGAGUCACGGGAAUAGAUAAGAGAGGCACAAUGCACAUGGCUAAAAGAAAAGACCCAAGCAAAUGAGAACAACACUAUCCUCACUCAGUCUGUAUGUCCCCAUCUACAAUUUUGUAACAUUCGUUGGUUAGAUCAUGUAUAUCCUCUAUAUCCUUCAACAUUCUAACAAAGUAUACAUUCAUUAUCAAUUUUGUAUUUUUGUGUCCUACCAAAAAACUGUUGAUAUCGUCCUGUCUUUUUGUUUGUAGUGUGGUCUUGCUACCACGGGGUUGGCUUCUUUUUUUGGGUGGUCGACGAAUUGACUUCUUUUUAAUAAACAAAUUUCAAAUAAUUAUAAAUUCAAGUAGCCUCGUUUUUUACUUAAGACAUGUUUUUGAGAGUUAAAUACUUGAGACAUGUUUCUAACCAAUAAGAUUGCACAAACAUAAAAUGGUAGCAUAAAUUAGUAGACAUGUUGAAUCGUGAAUUCUGUUGAACAUGAUAGGUACACCUUCAUUAACGUAUUUUUUUCAACUAAAAUCGAUCUAUUUAAGAGUAUUUAAUUAAAGUUGGAUCAAAUAACGGAAUUGUGAUAAAUUGAAAAUUUUGCAUGCUAAAUUCUUACAAACACUAUAAAAAAACAUGCAAUUAACGACGACACAUAUCAUCGUUAGUUUGUCAUUGAUCACUUACUAGCAAUGAAAUGUAAAUUGUAUUUACAGCAUCUUUAAUGUAAAACUCAAUUUUUUCUUUGAAAAUGGAGUAAAAGUAAAAAUGGAGUAAAAUUGUUCCAACCCUACUCUAUUUCUUACUCUAUAAUGGAGUGAUGAACAUACAAAAAAUAGAUUACUCUAUUUAUAGAGUAAAUUUUAUUAUGGAGUGAGAUAUAGAAUUGGGUUGGAGCAUUCCUUACUCCAUAUUCACUUUUACUCAAUUUUAGAAAAAAAAAUAGAGUAAAGAUGGAGAUGCCCUUAUAUGCACGUCAUAACUUACAAAUGAACGUAAUGUUGUUGUAAAGGUCAGAAAUCAAUGUUAGUUCGACGUAACCUUACGUUGUAUUGUUUCAUUGUAAUUAAAUAGUAAAUAUUUGUUAUUACUUAGUCGUAAUGUUUCAUAAUUGCAUGGUUUUGGAAUACACCAAAAAACGACGAUGAAUUAACAUCGAUAAUUGGUGUUAAUUGGUCAUAGCCAUUACGACGAAUUAAGUCCGUCGAAGUUAACUCUUUUAAUAUUGGUUGCGACCAGAUAUUUCGAAAUCUCGAUAAACGAUUAGCCGUAUUCUGCGGGAUAUAGCUUUGUUUUAGUUUCGUGCAGUUCCAAACUAGUAUGUUCUUUUAAUUAUUCGUAGAGUAUUAAACUAUGCUCAGUUACGUUUUUAGAAUUUUUAUAAGAAUGCUUGUCUCAUCCUUUUUUUUUUUUAUGGAACUUUAAAAUUGCGAUCACUUCUACCAAGAAAGAAGAAAGAAUAUGAACAAGGAAAACGACAUACAUAAAGAGGUCCAUAGAAUUUAAUGCGUCACAUUUACUCCACCCAUAUGAAUGUCUAUUGAGUUUUAUAAGAUUUGACAUUAAAUUAUAUUAUAAUUCAUCGCAUUACACAUUCAAAGAGGAAAACAAAACAUGUAGCUAUUUCUUUUAUAAAAAACGAUUUUACUAAAGUAUUGUAAUGUUUUUGGCUGAUAUUGUAACAGUCGGUUUGUGUUUGAGUAAUAAAAUAGCCGUUUGUUGCAAAAAAAAAACAGUGGGUUUGUGAUAUAUGAUAGUUUAUAGUAAAAUGCUUAUAAAAGUUGAUUUAAUUAUCUAUGUUAGCACACUUAUCUUUUGAGUUACUUGUAUAGAAAGAAUUUAGUGUUAAACAUGGUUGAACUGUAGUAACAGGACAUAUCAAAAAAUGAUUGGCGAUAUUACGUGAAUGAGAUCAAAAUACAUUAGAAAUGUCAUUGUAUAAUCAGUAAAUAAGACAUAAGAUUUUGAUAAUUAACCCAUCGACGAUCGCACAGGAUGAAGUCUCAUUACAAUGAACGACCGGACGUAAAAACUCUUUAGCAGUGGACAAUCGGAGCUUAACAAUUAGUAUAUUCUUAGGAUAAAACAGAAACAUGUUCGUAUCAUAUGUGUUAUACGAAUUUCUGAAUAAAAAAAAAUAAUUUUACUUUCGUAAUUGCAUGUAAAGUCAACGUAUAUUAAUUUUUAUAUGCACAUAAUAUUAGACAUGUAAGAGAUUGGCUUUUUUGAUCCAAGCAACGAAAAGGUAACUGAAACAGAAACCAAUUAUAAAAGAAGUUUUUAUUGGUAGAAUAGAAGUCCAUUUUGUGAUGAAGAGAGAGACCAUAAUAAGAGACAAACCAACUGCCAAAGCUUUUAAAAAUUUAAACAAAAGCCAUGGUUUCUAUAAAACACUCACAAUUUAUAAAUUGGUUCGCAUAUAUAUGGAACUUUAGGAAAACCUAUUAAACUCUAUAAAACACUUCAAAUCUAUAAAUUUGUUAAGUUUUCAUUUUAAAAUUAACUUCCAACUUAUAAUUAAAAUUUAUUAAUAUUUUUAUCUGGAAAACUCUUAAGAUUUUAUGGAUGCGGAAAAUAAUUCCCAAAUUCUUAUGUCUUCUCCCGACCAUCGCUUUCUUGGCUGCUAUGUUUGAGUAACUCUCCAUUUCCUCGGGGCUCGAAUAUAUAGACCGUGGAGCUGCUUAAUAAAUAUUCCUCCAAUCAGAUGUUUGAUCAUAAUCUUCUAUGCAAUGUUACAUCUUCAAAGUUGAAAAUUCUCUUUAACCAAAUCAGCUUUGAUUCGUGUAACAUAAAGUGUGCAGAGUAGUUACCAGGUUGGAAGAUAAAACAUUUAAGACACAAUACUAAAGUCUUUUGGUUCUUCUCUUUUUUGUCUUUUUUUCAGAAAAAAAAAAGUAUUUUGGUACAAACAUUAAACGUGAGCUUCGAUCAUUAAAUACACAAAGACACAUUUGUAGUUAGGUAUGUUUAUGUCAAACAUUAGGCUACCUAAUCACACAAUUAAAUCUUGAAAAAUCUAAUUAUGCUCAGUUGAUCAUUACAAAGGGAGAGAGAGUGUGGGGGUGAAAACAUAAAAGGUAAACAAAUGAGUGGGUAAAAAGGUAAAA